AUGAAGAGAGAGCUAGAGAGGAAGACCGCUCGCCAGAUUCUAAAUAAGUCGUAUGGGUACGUAGGCGAAGAAGGAACUUGUGGCAGGCAAGGCAAGGAUCAGAUGCAUAGUAGCUCCAGUCCCGCUGGUGACCCUGAAAAGCAGCAAGACGAGGCAGUGAACCUCACGAUUGUUGUCUGCAAUGGUGGUACUAGUCAGGCACAUGAAUCCGCAGAACAGGCUGAGAGCGAGGAGUCCCCGAAAAAGGUUUGCUUGUCCAGGAACUCCAGUUCUCACGAGCAGUGUAGGUUCGCUCCCUCCCUCCUUUUCGACUAUCUUGAGGGUUCCAAGAAUGUGAAAGUCUCUCUCUUUACCGCCUUGGUUGAUAAGGUUUGUCAGCAAGAGAAAGAAGAGGCUUUGAUCGAACUGGGGUGCUUAUGUCGUGGUGGCCUCGCUAAAUCCCAUAGGUCAUGCAUAGACGCUUGGUUCCGCACAAAAGGCUCUAACCAGUGCGAGAUUUGCCAGGCAGUGGCUGUGAACGUGCCACCUCCAGAGACCCAACCAACUACAAACUACUGGGUUUGGAGGGUUGAUCCCAGCUAUAGACAAGAACAGCAUGAGAGAGGAUGUUUCAGUCCGCUGUGGGUAGCAUUCUCAAUUCUGAUAGGUGGUCUGAUGCUGGAUGUCUUGAUAUCCAUCACACUUGGUGUGUCUGCACUCCCGGUUAACAUUAUUAUUGGAGUGAUAGUGGUGCUAGGGCUAGGAACAGCGCUAAGGCUGACUUUGGAGUUCUGCUACGAGUGGAGCUUGAGAAGAGCGGUUCAGAGGGCGGUACAGAGAGCUGAGUCCAACUUUAAUAAUAUUGCUUACCCACCUGCCUUGUAG